AUGGCCACAGAGGAGUCCACCUUGGCAAUGGGUGAUUCCCAUGGAGUAGUUCUCCUUGGCAAACAGGUACAACCUGUACAAGAUGAUCUCAAAACUUCCAAUAGUGUGCAUUUCAUUUCAGAUUAUGGGUGCUUGGGUCAAUCUUUACUCAAGACGACUAUCAUGCGGGACGUUUCGAUUGCCGUAGAAAUACUACCUCUGGUACAUAAGAGCAUCUCCACCGCGGUCCCUAAAUCGGGUCCCUAUCCCGCUUUUAGGGACCGCAGCCCAAAAAACACCUCCCACCGCAGUCCCCAUCGUCGUCCGUAUUUUACGGUUUUGAUCAUCGGUCCCUCUCCAGACCCUGGAUCCAAGGAUUGGCUAGGGACACUGACAUUCACAAGGAUCACACACAACUCGUGUGUUUCCCCUGUGAAACAUCCUUCCAUCAACAACUCCACCUCCCCCGAUACCCCCUAUGUUCUAGUCUGGAUACAGCAGCCAAGCCAUCUGCAAACAGCUACCAAUACUCCAACGACUCCUCUCGCCAUGGCAACCCCCACACCCAAUCAACCAUUUCUGGAUCCAAGUCUGGUAUCCCCAUCUGACGUCACGGUUGUUCAAGCUCCCGAUAGUACCAUAUCCACAUCCGAUAUCACUGUGGUUCCAGCUCGACAACCCACAUCCGAUAUCACUGUUGUUCCAGCUCGACAACCCCCCAAGAAGCCAUCCAAACCACGAGGCAAGAAGGCUGCCAUGAAUAACACAGAUACCGCGGUCGAUAAAACCACCAACAGUGCCACCAAUACCGCUUCCAAGACUUCCAACUCCGCCAUUGAACCUGAGGACGACACAGACAAAAAAGGCCGAUCGCGAACCUACCUCGAACACGAAAAUCUGCAGCUGUGUAACUCGUGGCUCGAGAUCAGUGAGGAUCCCAAGAAGGGCACCGAUCAGACCUUUAACGCGUUCUGGGAGGCCAUUGCAAGGCACUACGCAACUCACAUCCCAAACGCCCCGCGAUCCGCCAAAAGCCUGAAGAAUCAUUGGAGUGACAAGAUUCAGAAGGAAGUGAACCGAUUCGUCAGUUGUGUUAAUCAAGUCCAACAAGCAAAUCCCAGCGGGACGAAUUCGGCCAACCGACUCACCAUGGCAAUGUCAAUGUAUUCAAGACUCUACGAAAAGCCCUUCACUAUGCUCGGUUGCUAUGAGAUUCUCAUCACAUCCCCAAAAUGGAACGACUACUCGCGUGGCCUUGCAAAAAAAAGAGAAUCAACUUCUACAGCCGCUAACAAACGCAAGGAGCCCGACAGCUCAUCAACCAACUUACCCAGCACGAAUUCUACGACUACAGAUGCUUCAAACGGCGGUCGUGGUGGGGAUUCUUCUAGCGAUGAGACUUGCGGCCCUCCGACUCGCCCGAUCGGCCGUAAACGUGCGAAAUGCGACCAAGCAGCUGAACUAGCAGCCAAAAAAACUCAGGAGAGCCUCAAGAAGAUGGCUCAGGCUCACUGUGAUAUUGCUGAGGUCGCUAAAAAACAAAGUAGCUUCCUAGACGCUCAACAGGCCGCCAUGAAUCGUUUGGUGGAUGAGUCGAUUAUGUGCAAGGACCUCUCUGGAGCAAGCGAGAUGAUGAAGAGAUAUUAUUCAUUCGAGCAAUCCAAGAUCAUGGCGAGAUUGGAAAAGGAGCAUUCUGCUUCCAGCAAUGCGACUAGCACACGGGCUCCUUCGACGAACACAUCUAGCAACAAUGCGACUAGCUCACAAGCUCCUUCAACAAACACAUCUAGCGCACCAGCCCAAACAAAUACUAUAGUAGAGUGA